UCCCUGUUUCUCCACUUACAGUCAUGACUUCCUUCAGUUCAUCCCUCUCUGGUGAGCUGCUCCAGUGCCGUAUAUGUCUGGAGGUGCUCACUGACCCAGUCACCACUUCAUGUGGACACAACUUCUGUAAUGUUUGUAUUGAGGCAUGCUGGGAGAGUGGACAGCUCUAUCUUUGCCCUCUCUGUAAGGAAGGAUUUGAUAGUAAGCCAAAAUUGAAAAUAAAUGUAGCAUUUCAAAAGGUUGUUGACCGUUACAAGGUGCAUCAACAGCCAAAGGAACUCCAACACCAAACAAAAUCAUUUCAUCACAUUUUAUGUGAUGUCUGCUCUGAAAACAAGCUAAGGGCAGUAAAGUCUUGUUUGCAGUGUGUAACAUCUUUCUGUGAGACUCACUUGACCAAUCAUAAAACUGCACCAAGGCUUGUAAGGCACAAACUGAUCGACCCCGUGGACAACCUGGAAGAUUAUAUCUGCAAAAAUCAUGAUAAACCACUGGAGAUGUUCUGCAGGGACGAUAAGACCUGUCUGUGUCUGUUUUGCACUGAAACAGAACAUAAAACUCACAAUGCUGUUUCUAUUGAAGAAGAAAGUGUACACAAGAGGGUUCAACUGGAAAAGACACAGGCAGAAAUAAAGCUGAUGAUCCAGGACAGAUGUAAUAAGAUUAAGGAGAUAAAAAACUUGGCAAAGUCCAACAAGAGGACCAACGUGAGAAAUAAAGCAAAUAAAGUUGAGCUGUUUACCGAUUUGAUCCACUCCAUUGAGAGAUGUCAGUCUGAGUUGCUGGAGGUGAUGGAGCAGAAGCAGACAGCUGCAGAGAAUCAGGCUGAAGAGCUGAUUAAAGAGCUGGAGCAGGAAAUCACUGAACUGGAGAGGAGAAACACUGAGCUGGAGCAGCUCUCACACACUGAAGAUCACCUGCACCUCCUACAGGUCUACUCAUCUGUGUGCAGCCCCCCAGAAGUCAAGAGCUGGACUAACGUCAACAUUAACACUGAUCUACUUAACACAGACAUUCUGGAUAAAGCUCUUACUUGCCUCAAGGAAAAAGUCAACAAGGAACUGAAAAAAAUCCAUGAUAUCACUCAACCUUCUGUUGUUCACGGAAUCAACUUCAAUCCCCCAACAUCACAACCUUCAACCAAUAGGAUAUUUGCUCCCUCCCAUCAUUCACUGGUACCUAAAAGUUCUUCAGCUAUGGAGAAAAUAGAUACUUUGAAAACACAGAAGAGCAUCCUGACAGAGAUCUCAAAUAUUAAAACAAGCAAAAAUCAGACAGAGGGCAAAAUCUACUUUACUCUGGGUAAAACAGACUGUGGCCCUCGCUCAGCGAAUAAAGCAGAAAAUAUUAAUAAGCAAGUGAAUAUCUCAUGGUUUGGUCUGGGUCUAAAUACAAUACAGCAACUUUACGGAGUGGAUGUGAUUUUGGAUCCUAACACAGCUCAUCCUAAACUCCUUCUGUCUAAAAAUGGGAAACAAGUGAGUCAUGGUGGAUCCUGGAGAGAUGUUCCCAAUAACCCUGAGAGAUUUGACUCGUCUGCUUGUGUCCUGGGAAAGGAUGGGUUUUCCUGUGGGAGGUUUUACUUUGUGGUCCAAGUCGGUGAUAAAACUGAAUGGGACUUAGGUAUGGCUCGAGAGUCCAUUAAGAGAAAGGGGAAAAUAACAGUGUGCCCAGAGAAAGGAUUUUGGUGUAUUUGGCUUAGAAAUGGCGGUGAAUAUGUGGCUAAUGAAUAUUGUCCUGUUCCUCUUUCUCUGAAAGACAAACCCCAGAAAGUGGGGGUGUUUGUGGAUUAUGAGGAGGGUCUGGUCUCCUUCUACAAUGUGGAGACCAAGACUCUUAUCUACUCCUUCACUGGCCAGUCUUUCACUGAAAAAAUCUAUCCAUUUUUCAGCCCUUGCUACAAAAGAGGAGAUAUUAACUCAAAGCCUCUGAUUAUCCAUACUGCCUAAUUACAGUGCAAUGCAAAACUAUUCCUUUAAAGAAAUAGUUAAUACAACAACAUAUGUGG